AUAAUGGAUGUACUAACAACUUUACUGUAUAUAGACGUUAUAGUAACCAGUAGGUAUAAUCUUAUAAGUUAAUAGCCACAAGUCACAACAACAAAAUAUAUUUUUAUUUUAUUGCUACGACGCAAUAACUUUGUGUCUUGUGAGAACGUUUGGGUUACUACUUACUGUACUUUAGUUUGCUAUUUCACGUUGUUCAUCAAUGUUUUAAAAUCACUACCUACAUUAAUCAAAGUUUAAGGAAUCAAAAUGAAAUUACUAUUUCUAGGAUUUUGUCUCUUCAUUGCUUUAUUUGGAGAAAAUGUUUCCGCUCAAAAGCACAAGAUUGGGAAUAAUAAACAGUUUUUAAUUUCUAAGCUUUACAAUCGUCAUUAUUCUGUGAGAAAUAUUAUCAAUCAUAAAAAAAUAAAAAGAGAUACUGAAGAAGGAAUUAAUAAAUUUAUUGAACAAUUAUCAGAUAUUGCAUUGAAAUCAAUGAAUGGAUUAUCAGAUUAUGGGCAUAAAUUAAUUGAAGUAGAAGAAAUUGGCAAUAUAUCACGUACUUCAGAUCAAAACAAAUUAGAAGUAACAGCAUGUCGUUUUAAUGAUUUAAAUCAGAAAACAGAAAUAGAAAUGCAUCCUGAAAAAAAAAUAUCAAGAAAUGAUUUUUUUGUUUGUGAUGUAUGUCAAAAUACAAUUAAUAAGACGGAAAACGGUACAUAUAAAGUGGUAGAAAUGGAAUGUGUCUUACAUGAUUCUCGUGCUUAUAUAAGUGUUCCAGAGCCAUCCCCUUUGGGAGGUUAUAACGACAUUGAAGCUGACAAUGAGAACAUCAGAAAACUGGCUCUCUUUUCAUUAGAUUCUAUAACACAACAAACAAUGUCUAAGAGAUCCUUGGGGUUAAUCAGAGUCGUCUCCGCAAAAUCUCAAGUUGUUGCAGGAAUAAAUUAUAAAAUAAAAUUAUUAGUAUGUGAAAAAGAUUCAACACAGGGCGAGAACAUUGUUAUGGAUCCUAAAAAUUGUCGUUCUUGUGAUAUAACCAUCUGGGAACAAUCAUGGUUGAACAAUAAAAAUGUUACUAAAGUGGCUUGUUCUAAACCUUCUGACAUUUCUUCAUUUUCAAGCGUAGCUGUAACUAAAAGAGACAUACAUGAAAAUGUAAAUCUUGGAGCAAAAAUAAGUUUGAAUUCUAAUGACAAGAAAGUUCUAGACAUAGUGACUUAUGCUUUACUGUCUAUUGAUAUACAAGAAGGAUCUAACAAACCACAUGUGUUAUCAAAAAUCAUAAAUGUAUCCAAACAAAUUGUGUCUGGAAUUAUCUACAAUAUUGAAUUGGAAUUAUGUGAUAAUUCUACAAGUGAAGUUGAUGAAAAGAACUGUAGGAUUUGUAAUAUUAAAGUAUGGGAACAGGCAUGGGAGAACAACAAAAAUAUCUCAGAAUUCAAUUGUUAUAAACCUCAUAAAACUAACUCAGAUAUAUCAAAUUCUGAAAAAUUAACUACCAAGAAAAAUAAUAUUGAUGAUCGAUUACAACUAAAGUCAGAUUUUGAAAAUUUUAUCAUGACACAUAAUAAAAUUUAUACUAGUCUUGGAGAAAAGAGUAGAAGAUUCAGAAUAUUUGCUGCUAAUAUGAAAAAAGUAAAAUUAUUACAAAACCAUGAACAAGGAAGUGCUAUUUAUGGAGCUACACAAUUUGCAGAUCUUACAAAAAAUGAAUUUAAAAAAAAAUACUUGGGCCUGGACUCUUCGUUGACAAGCAAAAAAACAUUACCUAUGGCAGUUAUACCUCAAAGUGCUUCUAUUCCUAAUGAAUUUGAUUGGAGAGACUAUAAUGCAGUGACACCAGUAAAAAAUCAGGGAGCUUGUGGAUCUUGUUGGGCAUUCUCAGCCAUAGCCAAUAUUGAGGGACAGUAUGCUUUAAAAUCUAAAGAACUGCUAUCUCUCUCAGAACAAGAGCUAAUUGAUUGUGACAAUUUGGAUAAUGGAUGUGGUGGUGGUUUAAUGACUCAAGCAUUUGAAGCCGUUGAAAAUUUAGGAGGUUUAGAGACAGAGUCUGAUUAUCCUUAUGAAGGACAUGCAGAUCGUAAAGGAUGUCAGUUAAAAAAAAGUGAUGUAAAGGUAUCAAUAUCAAAAGCUGUGAAUGUAUCUACAGAUGAGGAAGAUAUUGCCAAAUUUUUAGUUAAACAUGGACCUCUUUCUGUUGGGGUUAAUGCUAAUGCUAUGCAGUUUUAUAUGGGUGGUGUAUCACAUCCAAUCCAUGCCUUAUGUAGCCCUAAAUCACUGGAUCACGGUGUGGCCAUUGUUGGCUAUGGAGUCCACAGAACUAAAUAUACCCACAAAAAUUUACCAUAUUGGUUAAUUAAAAAUAGUUGGGGACCUGGAUGGGGAGAAAAAGGUUACUACUUGCUCUACAGAGGUGAUGGAUCUUGUGGAGUCAAUCAAAUGGUUUCUUCAGCAAUCAUUGAAUAAUCUCAUGUUAAAUUUUAAAUAAACAAUUUAAAUAUUUUACAAGCCAUUAAAUAUUCUCAAAAUGAUAUACCUAAUUUUAAACAUUGUAUUAAUGUUUCAUUAUUUGAUAUAGAAUUUUUUUAUAUUAAUUUGAACUUACAAAUAGAUCUUUAGUGUAUCUAACACUGUCUUGUAUUAAUCAUAAAAUGAAGAUAUAUCUUAAUCUACUUAAUUUUUUUAUAUUUAACAUUAGGUACUAAGUAUGUUUUAAUUAUUUUUAAUUAUUAUUAUAUUAUACACAAACUAAUAUAGCAUCAGAGUAAUUAUAACA